AUGACUAGCAAAAAAAGUACAUCAAAACAAUCAAAAUCACGUUCAACACCAGUUUCUAAGAAAAAAAAGGCAACAGUUUCUAUAGAUGAUUUGAGCCUUCCUAGGACUGCUGUCCUAAAAUUAGUAAAAAAAGUAAUUCCGGAACAUACAAAUAUUCAAAAAGAUGCAGUAACAGCUUUAAUGAGAGGAUCAUCUGUUUUUAUCAGCUAUCUUUCUUCUACUGCAUUUGAACUCUCUAAAGUCUCAUCAAGAAAAGUAAUUCUUCCUUCAGAUGUUAUAAAAGCAAUGGAAAACAUUGAAUUUGAUUCAUUUAUCCCUAGAAUGAUAGAGGAACUUAAAUGUAAUACUUGCCUUUAUCUUUUAUAUACUAAUGAAUAUCUAGUGCAUGAAGUAAUUGUUAAAGAAAAAAAAAAUGCAAUGAAAUCAGAUAAAGAUUCACCUACAUGUAUUGAAGUUAAAGAUGAACAUAUUAGCAAGAAAAUGAAAACAGAAGAUGGAGCUGAAACAGUUGAAGCUGACAUAAAUCAUGAUUAUGAGUAUUACGAUGACACAUGUGAUGACGAAGGAAGUGAAUAUAAAGGUGAAGAAGUAGAGAAUGAAGAAUUAGAAGAAUUGAUAGUAAGCAAUGAGGAUCUAUUAAAUGAUUAA